AUGUCGUCUGUCCCACCAUUCUUGUGGGAGAGCGAGAGUUUGCAAAACGAUGUGUUCAUCAGACCGCCUAGAAGACCUGACAGAGUCACGAUGAAGGAUACACAUGCCUAUGCAUCGUUCGGGGACAAUGGGACGACUGUGAGCGUUAACGGUUAUGGGAAUAUCAUGCAGAUCACCCGGUUCCUCAACUUCGGCGCUUCAGGCUUUCUUUGUGUGGAUUCGCAAUACGCGACACCCUUCUACGUACAAAGCCGUAUGGAAGAUAUUCUCGAGUCGUGCACAAAUCCACAAAGAGGUCUCAGACUUGACAUUGUUGACUGGACUACGUUCCAACCUGUGCCCUCGGUGGGCUUCAUGUACGAUCGGUGGCCACGGUACAUCUUCAACAACAAGGAACAAAAUCAAGAUUCCGCAGAUCCUGCACCAAAGUUUGCGACUAAGCCAGUUCAAGUGGACAGCCCGACAAAGACAACCCCUGAGAUGGCACAUGGCACGAGCGAGGUUGAGACAGUCAAGACGCUAGACGCAGGACCAGCGUUUCCGUUAUCAAUCCAGUACUUCUGCUCUGAAGGCAGCGUGGUACAAACGUACCUCUUGAACCUCGGUGAAGGAGGAGUCCCCCGCGACAAAGUCCAAUGGGGUUCCAUCUCUCUCAAACCCGACAUUUGCUUCAGGGGUCUGAAUUUCGUAAACGACAACUCCGAAUACGGCACAGAUUUCACGGAUCUCGAUAGUCUCAGAAUAACGGAUGACCGCUGCAAGCUCUUGGUCAUAGGAACCGUACCUGAGGACCUCACGGAGAUCCGAGACGCAGCCCAGUCAGCGGAGAACAAGCAACAGAAGUCAUCAGUUGCGGUACUGAUUGUGUCGCCUUUUAUUGGCGGCAUAGCUGCUGAAAUUGAUGAUGGAUAUUGUAUAACGUUGAAAGAUAAUAAAGACGAUGCUCGACUCGAGCUGACUAUAGUGUACACUGUCAAAAUCUUCGAACAAGGGAACAUUGACGUUCUGAAAGAGCUGCAGAUAUCAGCGAAUGCUGAACCACAUAAUCCUGCGUUAGCUGCUAUGAAGGAUGUCUUCAGUACCGCGUCCAGCUUCCAGAAGAUCUAUUUUGCUCCAAGCCCGCGUUCUGACUUUGUUUUCCGCCGUAACCUGGAACACAUUCUCUCUGUGUGCAGCAUCCCAAUUCCAUUGGAUUCUGACGCAGAUAUAACUCUGCCGGUCGACUUCAAAGGGCCAGCGAUUGCAAUCACCUGCGGAGAUAUUGCAGGUCAUUGUGUCGCAUCGAGAGCGAGCCUAUCUGCUUUCCAGUUUCUAUGUUCUGCUCUCACGUACCUAGACCCAAACUCAUCUAGCUCUGAGCGAAUCCGAUCACGGAACAGAAGGGUUCACCUUGAUUCGGGAAAGGAUUUUUCCACUGAGGGAGAUGCAGAAACAUUGACAGAAAAUGAUUUUGACCAGAUACCGGAGACAGAAGUGGAGCAACGCAAUCCAGAGACAAGAUAUGUUCCGGAACUCUUCCGCCGCGUGCGCCGAGUAUUGAAAGGCCACAUUUCCUGGAUCUGCCAGAAAACAGACUCGUGGGAAGACGGAGCAUUCGCACCUCACUAUUGGGCCACUGGAAAGAAGAUCCAGAACCUCGACUAUCUGUCAUCGUCGUCUUUAGUUGACACUCCAUUGCAGCUGAUUAAGGUUCUACACAGCCUUUCUGAACCAUGGAUGUUCAGCUCCGAAGCAAGUAUCUGGAUUGAGGAGAAAUUACGGUCUAAAGUUCACUUCUGGGUGGAAGGUCUACACAACUCGAAUCAACGCGGGACUUAUGCAUUUCCUCGUGGAAACGAAGAAUCCAACAUACCGAGCCAGGACACAAAAUUCAGUCUAUUGGACCAUGUGAUGAUCAGCAUGGCUUUCAGAUGCAUUGAAGAGCUCCAUCGCCGUGUGACCGAGCCAAAUAUUGGCCCAAUAUGGACUGACGAGCCCCGAUGCUACUACACUUACAGAGAAGUGCGGCGAAAGACUCUCAAACGUUUUACCACUGAAGACCCGACCUCAAAGCAAAAAGUGCUUGCAACCAGCAGAUGGUCUGGCGACACCAGGUUUCUGUUACACUCCAAAGAUACAUUUCUCUUUUCGGCAGCAAACAUGCAAUUUUUCGAUGAUCCAAAGACGGGAACACGUUCUUCGGAGCAAAGAACCAAGCCCGAAACAGCAGAUGCCUGGCGAUUUGCUGAUAAACGGUGGGCGAAGCUGCUUGACGCGCAGGCAUAUCAGGAUGAAUUUGAGCUCCUGGAGUGGAGUAAACCUUUGUGGUAUACGAUAAUAUACGUCCUUGGAUGCAAAGGUCGUCGAGUAGGCAAUUACUCGUCCGAGGCUUUGAUAAGAGAGGCAAACUCCACACUUCUAGACUCAUCUUGGUACAAUGGACUUUCCGCUGGUACCCUUGGAUAUAGGCGUAUGCCGGCGUGCUACGAUAGUGAGUUGGAUCGCGAUAACCACUGGCAUGCUGCAUUCGAAACACCCAACAUUAUGUGGAGUUGUGGGACUGCAAGUAACACCACGACGAUACGACUAGAGACUGGCAAAGCCUCAUUACCAACGUCGAGUGGUGCAAAUGCGUUGAGUUUCAGAGACAACUCGAGGAUCGCCCAGAAGGUUCCAAAAUAUGUACCCUUCCUCAAUCUCAGUCCCCCAAAGGAUCAGCUGGAUCGCAAUGUCUUGUCAGACGAUUGGCUUCAGAGCCCACCUGCUAUCUUGAGUUUCGAAACAAAAGCCAAUGGAAGCCAUCGCGAUGUGGCCGUGGACCUGGACGACGAGAAGACGGAGGAUGGGCAGAUGAAGCUGAUUCUGAAUAUGGUACAAGGAUGGAAGGAUGACAAUGCUAAGAGAAGUAAAGCCGAAGGCAGAGCCAAGCGCAUCAUUGGCAUGUUUUCAAGCAGAAAGAAGCCAGGCUGGAACGGCAUCGUGGUCGAUGUCCCAAAAUACAGUUUGGGCAGUGAAUUAUCCGACUGGCAGCCCAAUGCAAGAAUGCGUCUCAGAAAAGACCGAAGUGUGUGGGAGUCUAAGAAACGCAUCAUCUGGCUUUCACAUCGUAACCGAGCAGAGGCACAGCAGGUCUACAAGUGUUGCUCAGACGUGGAAGGAGACAACGUCAUCUCUUUCUACGAACGACACCUUGAUUCAGAAAGAUUCUUUCUCGAUAGCGCCACAGCAGCGCUGAAUGAAUGGGAGACAGAGCUGCAUCUGUCAUAUUACUCUGUUUCUCCUUCAAAAGAGGGGUCUCUAUAUCACCUCAAGGGACAUGGGUACCUCGCGUUGACCGCCGUCAGUUUCCGCUUCUCGGGCGACUUUUCUGACAGGUUCUGGACAUGUUUACUACUGGAGCAUCAUCCGGGUCAGCGUGGUCGAAAGACUCUCGGCACACAUUUACUUCCAGUUCCUGAAUGUGGCAUCAGAGGUGAUCUGGAUCUUCUGAAGGCCCACAGAGGAUGCGGGGUAGCGGAGAGACGAGAGCAACGAGAAGAAGACAGACCAACGAAGCCGUGGCAACAGCGUAGAAUCCUCGAGCUUCUCAUCUACAGCAAAAUACUUGAGGGUAUACGUAAGAAUACGAUCGACAUUCUUGACGCCGUAAAGGCAUUAGCUCUUCAAUCGAAGGAGACGCCUUCUGAGCACGAGAAGAGCUCUGAAGACAAUGAGUUCGAAGGGGCCAUCGAAGAAGCUAAGCAGCUUCAACGGUUGGGCGACAAAGAAGAGUAUACCUCGAUCGCAAGACAGUGGAGGAGGUACAUUCAGAUACUCGAUGUCCUAGAAGAGAGUCUAAUCAAAAACAUUGAGAAGAUGGAGGAAUGGCAACGGCGAGAGCAGGACCGUCAAGAUCAACAGCCGCGUUGGACUGAGCGAGAUAAGCGCAACCACUUUACGACGAUCUUGAGGCUCAAGAUCUUCACUGAGAGGCAGACACGUGAGAUUAAGCGCUUGCGAGAUAAGGUGCAUUCUUUCCAGGAGUCUUUGCCUGGCCAGUUAGAGUCCAUCCGAGAGGAUAUCAACUUCCGCGGAUCUCAAAGUAUCAACCUUUUCACGUACGUUACCGUCGUUUUCCUCCCCCUCGGAUUCGCUACCGGAGUACUUAGCAUGAACGGCCUUCCUGAUCACUCUACAUCUAUGAACCUCGUGUUCACAGCUUUAGCAGCACUUGCGCUUACCUUAGUCAUGUUGCUUAAUGCGGAGUUCGUCAAGGGAAUGGCAGCGCCGGUAGCAGAGGUGUAUCGGUCUUUCGUUUAUUCCAUGUGCUCAUUGCUCGGUCUGCGGCAGUUGUGGCAGAUUGUCAAGUACGCCGUCUUUCAUAGCGUUGUUAAGCCGUCUAUAGCCCACCGCGCUCAGUACCGCAGGCGCCAGAAAGAGAAGCAGGUGGCACCAGCAACACCAUCGCAGCCGCAACAUAAUUCACUAGAGAACGGACCACUGGGUCCAGGGCAAUUGCUUCCAAGAAAGCUGGGCGACCGUCAGUUAAACAAGGAGCAACAACCAGCCACCACUGGGUCACGAUCGCAUAACCCCAGUACUGAAGUACCAUCAAACGCCGAGCAACACGACAACCGAGGAAACUUCCCCAAGACCUUGCCUAAUAUCUUCAAGGACACAGAGAACUUCUCGUUCCGAGAAGCUGUGGAGAAUGAGGAAGAGAAGCAAGAAAAAGGCCUCCCCAAGGGAAACGAUAGAAGGAACACAAACCAACACGGCGCAGUUCCACAGGUUCCCAACCAUGUAGGAAUCAGAAUCCCAGGGGAAAGGCGCGACUUAGACGUGGAGAAAGGUCUUGGUCAUGCAGCUGAGCCUUGA